AUGUCAAGUUCAGAUGACUCAGACAGUGGCGUCACAGCCUCCUCCGACGAGUCGGAUAUCGAAAGCAUUAUCAGCGAAUCCGAGGGAGACGACGACGCGGGCUUCGACGAAAUAGAUGAUCAUUUCUCUGAUGGUCAUGAUGGCAAUCGAGUUUCUGAGUCUGUAUUCCUUGAGGGAACAGAAAGUGCUCUCAGCUUGCUGUUCUUCGCUGGCGUCAAUAUCGCUGGUGCCAUUGCCCAGACUUCCGUCACUAAUGGGACUACUGACCAACCCAAUGUCCAGACUGCCGACACGGAGAAUAACUUGGACCUUGGUACUGAUGAUACUUGCUCGGAGACAAACACAGCCCCGUCACCUGCAAACCAAGUAUCCAAUGCUGUACGGGCUUUGGAAGCAAGCGUUUGCCGUGAUAUGUCUCGCGAUCAUUUAAGCAUGCCCCACCCAGGACAAAACUAUGGAGCGACCUUUGACACAACUUCGCAGCUUGUUAAUGUCCCCCACAAUCCCGGGUUAUUGGGGUGGCUAGGUCAGCGUCUUCAAGGUACAUUCUUCCAGCCGCAUAUAUAUGCCCCGCUACCUUCUCCCUCACACAUUCGCGUACUUUUCAUCCAGCCUGGAGUGAAUGAGGACACUCUGGUGGCCUCGUUCGAACUCCUGGAUCUGAACGCAGCAAACAUUCGAUUUGAGGCAAUUUCUUAUCAGUGGAGUGAGGGCGGUGGCCAGAAAGCAUGUAUGCGUCUUGGAGGUGAGAAAAUAUCUAUCAACGCAUAUCUUCGACGUAUUCUGCUGCAUCUUCGGCUCGAGCAACACAUUCGGGUUGUGUGGGCCGAUGCACUGUGUAUUAACCAAUCUGACCACGCGGAACGUCUUCAGCAAGUCAGUAUAAUGCAAAGAAUCUACUCUCAAGCAUUCAGAGUCAUUGGGUUUGUUGGCAAGGACUAUAUCCGUGCGAGUAUGUGCUUCAAUGCUAUCAAAGCUUUGGCCUCAGCAUGGUUUGAAGCUCGGAAAACCCUUGGUCGAAACAAUAUGUCCUCGUCGACACCCGAUAACAUUUAUGGCUGUGUUAUGAACGAGGCUUCUAUGUGCAGAAUCGUUGAGGUGUUUCAGAGUGGCUACUGGAAGCGAUUAUGGGUGGUUCAAGAGUUAGUCUCCUCCCGCCGUGCGGUUAUUCGAUGGGGAAAGGCCGAGAUAUCCUGGACUUUGUUAGGGCUCGCAACGACCCUGAUCAGGAACAACAAAAGUUUGAUGACGAUAUUUGAUCGCAUCAACAAGUCAAAAAAGUCUCCAGGCCCUUUCCAAGGAGGCUUAGACGCUCGCACUGGUCUGAUGAACGCUUAUCUCAUGUACCGAAUGUCUUCAACUCAGUUUCGAGGCGACUCAAUGUCGUUUUUGGAUGUCCUUCGACUAACGAGAAAUUUCGACGUUUCAGAGCGUUUGGAUCGAAUAUACGCCAUCUUGGGCCUCCCUAGUCAACAUACGGGGCCAGGGCGCAAGUCUAUACCUCCGGAUUAUCGCCUACUUCCAGAUGGGUUAUACAGUCGCGUCUUCUACUGGGUUUAUCACACGCAUGAUAAUCCGCUCGAAAUCCUUUCUGCAGUCCGGCAUACAACUCUAUUUUACCCCGACUUUCCAACAUGGAUUCCACGUUGGCAUAUGAGACCAAUUAGGAGCAUUGGUAUCUCUCAUAGGGCUAGUAUGAAGUUUGAUGCGUCAGCUGGUUGGAAACCAAAUCCUCCUGCAAAGCUUAUCUGGAGUCAAAGCGAGCGGUGUUUGAUUCUCCAGGGGUUUGUCCUCGCAUCUAUAACAUCUGCUCACCGAGUGCUUCCUACAGCAAACACGAAGGACCGCCUAUCCCGUCAUAAGAAAUACAAAAAACACAAGACCGAGCUGAACCACUGGCUGAACGUGCAUGUGCGUACCCAUAAUAGGAUAGAGGCUCGGUUGUCUCUCGUCUUGACAGCUGGACAGGAUUGGUACGGUAACAUUCUGAAGGAGCAGAAUAUGAUAAAUGAGCAUGUUGCAUCUUUUAUGAAGUGGAGUCGGGAUUACUUCAGAAACGCAAAGCCUUGUGAUGAAGAGGCUGUUAGGUACGAACAGGCUGUGAAAAACGUCUGCUGCGACCGACAGAUAUUCAGAGCGACGAACUGUUUGCUAGGAAUUGGACCUAAUCUUCUUAGGAAAGGCGAUUUAGUAUGUGUUGUUGCUGGAGGCCCGGUUCCCUAUAUUCUACGACCAUUGAGCGAUGACACGUUUUACUUUGUCGGGGAGUGCUAUGUGGCUGGAUAUAUGUUCGGAGAGGCCGUGUCGGAAUGGAGGUCACAAGCACAAGCAUCCUUGAGCUUGCGACGAUUUACUCUGAAGUAG